AUGCAGUCGAUGGGGUCGUACCAGGUUAUAUAUAUAUAUAUAUAUAUAUAUAUAUGCACAUAUAUGUAUAUAUGUAUGCUUAUUUAUGCAUUUCUCCUCCUCGAGCAACUCCUUCUUCGUCUUUUCCUUCAUGCAGGUAUUCUGUCAAUGGGUCAGUCAUUUAACACCCCACCGCCAAGUAGCGAUGGCAACGAAUGCGAUGACUGCAGCGCAAAAGAGGAAGGAAAGAUCUACCAUAGGCCGCCUGAUUUGCCAUCUCCGGAAAUAGUGGGUGUCGAUGAUGCUGACAAGCGUAUAUUGGCCCUUACUCCCAAGCUUGCUGUUCGUUUGGCUGAUGCUCUACCGCCGUCGUGCAGGUGCGGUGAUUUUUCUGGCGCUACCAGAUGGUAUCUAUUGUAUAGCAGUUUUUUGCAUGGCAAAUCCUUUCAGAGACUUGUGCAGCACAUUACAUCAAGGGGCCCUACAAUCAUUGUAAUAAAGGUGAAAGACAGCCCACGUGUUCUCGGUGCCUUCUGCGAAAGUGACUGGUUAACUGUCGCACAGCGCGAAAAAAAUGCAAAAAGCGCGGCUGCAGCGUCCGCUCGUGCUACGCGUGAGGGACAGAAGCAGCGCGUCACAACCGCCCCACAGAAUCAGAGCAACGCCUUUUUUGGGAGCUUGAACUGCUUCGUAUUCCGAGCACACGCUGAUAGCACUGAUGACGUGAGCGCCGAAGGGGAGAUUUACCACUCUCACUCGUCCAUGAAUUCUAACUUCAUGUACCUCUUCGACACCCACCCACUCGAGGAAAAGAUUGGCAUUGGCAUGGGAGGGCAACCGGGGUACUACGGGUGGUUUAUCGACCGCUGGUUGGAAAACGGAGCUUCACAUGGCGCGCGCUGCACAACGUUUCAAAAUCCUCGCCUUUCCUCAACGGAGACAUGGGCUGUAGAAUCUGUGGAAGUGUACGCGGUCAAAAAAGACAUUGUCGAACAGCUGCUAAGAACCGGCAGCGAUCGCACUAGCGGUGUCUCGUGUGUCAAUGACAAUCCUGACAGCAAGGCCGACCAGAUGCUGCUAGAAUUGAAUGGUACUCAUGAAUUUAAUCGCCGGGAUCGCACCAAAUGCUAA